CGAAGACUCAGUGAGUCCGCGGCUGAAGCGCGACGUCAACAUCAUCUUGGAGGCGCUCUCAAAUCUUGGCGGACGUGGUGAUGAGCAGCAGCUGGUUCUUCGUGAAAUCCUCCAGCACUUCAACUUUCUUCCUGACGCAUCGAAAUGGAAAAGCGAAAAUAUCUGCGUCGCGCAAGAUAUUCUUCGCCUUCGCAAUCUGACCAGCUACGGUGAUGAUGAUGAUUUUUUUCCGCAGCCAUUGGGGAUACUGCCAGAGCUGGAUGUGAUGUUCGCUGCCGACCCCGACUGCUUGUACGCGCAUCUGCAGACGCUUGAAGACCAUUUUGGUCCGCCGGGAAUGCACGUCAUUUUCGACGAGGUUGGAACUGACACGAAGACUGCAACGCUUUUUGCAACUCCCGAUUUCGUUAUGGACCAACUCCUGCAGUUUUUUUGCAAACUGGAUCCACGCGUCGUAAAGGCAUUUCUUGGAACCCCAGCCGGGGCCAAGUUCCGAAGGAAUCGGGAAUUCAUGUGUGAGCUCGUUCGCGCAAACGGAGAUAACUAUGACGAGGGUAGUCCAUCAGUGUUGGCCAACGACCAAGAUCUCUGGCUACUGGCGUGGGCUUCGAAAGUUGCGUCAAGUGACUUUUCGGGCGAGUCGUGUAACGCCCGGGAGAUCACAGACAGUGAAGACUUCGGUCUGGGUGAAAGCUGCAGAACCAUUAAAACAGGGCGCGCAAUGAGCCUACUGCGGGACGGUACCAAGUGGGUAUGCACGGGGACUGCGAACCGCCCGAAAAUCCCGCUGAUGUUGCUGUACGCGAUGGGCCCAACUACAUUCUCCGAAAAGAAUUACUCUUCACACAUCCUUCUCGGAUUCGUCUUAGGAGACGGCGAAGAUUCAGACAAUGAGAUGAGACCGGUUCUGACGCGGCCCCCGAAAUGGAAACGCACUCGCACCUCCACGGCAAUACACGCUUUCGGAGCAAUCGCUCGACUAGCGCUCGCAUGCGGAAUUUCCGGAGACGGGCUUGACAAGUACCUCGAAUCUUGGACCCGCGGUGAACAUCUUGCUCUGACCCCGUUCUCACGGGAGCUCCUGCCCUACAACCGCAACUUUGAUCCAAAGGCCACGUACAUAGAGUACAUCGGUCCGCACAAAACCGGGUCGUCACGAGAAGGCGCCUCCGCUGGGAAUACAGCUGAUAUUGACGGAGUUCCUGACAUUCUCCGUGCCCAAGCCCACCUCCCACUUGUCGGCGGCGCGGGGGCGGCCUCAGAGUUCAACACGACGACCACCGUGCGCGGACCAGGACGAGGACGUUCGUCUGCUGAUACGAAUUCCGGAGCCGCGGCCCUGGUUCGACAUCUUGGCCUUGUAGGGGCACUUCGGGAGGCUUUUAUCCGCGGUGAUCAGCGUUUUGUUGAAAACCUGGGAGAACCUGGUGACUUCUUCUUUUCGGGGUGGAAAAAGAUACCGCUUUCUCUGCAGGAAAUCGCUGACCUCGUGUGCGAGGUCGGUCACCUUCUUCCCGACGUUAGUUCUCCCAGGCGGGGUCAUCCGCCAUUAUAUGAAAUUGUGAAUGUUGCCGGUCGUGUUUUUCAACCGACAGGAGCUGAUUCGCGGGGGGCCCUUGCUCCUCGUCCACAGUCUUCGGUCUCGACUCUCGCUUCCGUCGCCGAUACGACGCUCCUCAAAGUGCUGCAAAAGGACGGGCGAUUCAUGUGUGAAGCUGUAUACGGAAGCUAUUUCACCGCCCUUGCAUUCGAGAUGUUCACAUCGCCGAAGUCGCGGGCGUGUUCCGCUCUCGCGGUGACCACCGCCCGCAUGUUCGGUUUCCUGUGCUUCCCUCGACUCGAUGACGACGUUCGACUGCAACAAGAAGUCAUCCUCGCCGCAGCUGAAGCAACUCUGAAGGGGGAGCGGUUGCUCUACUGGCCGCAAGAAGAAGACAUGUGGCGUUUUGCGGGAUUCCUAGACAACAGCAGAAAUUGGCUUGCAGCUAACGCUCGCCAUCUUCUUCUCGCAAUCGCUAAGAACCACCAGCAGAGCGGACAAGGAUCUGCCAGGGAGGCGCUCCCCCUUGUCGUAGCAGCGCUCGCCUGCGAGGUGCCCGACAAGGUAUGGGAACUCCUCCGUAGCAAGUAUCGGUCAGAGCUGGCCCCAGAGGUGCCGAAGAAAUUCUUGCGGUCAGUUUUGAGGACCGAUCGACCUAUUGAUCCGCAGGAUGAGGACGCUCCGGAUGAAGGGCCUCUGUGUGACUUUUGGAUGAGCCUGAGUCCGGAACAACAAGGAGAUCCGUCGCUCUUGAGGUGUAUAGCGGAAACGGAAUCGCCGCACCGCAUCGACAGCAAAUUCUUCGACUUUCUCAAAUCGGAGGAAAAGGUGCAGGCGGUGCAAAUGGGCCCGAAUUUCGCAGAUUUGGUUUUGGAGUCGUCCGACCUCUUAGCGAAAUUCCCUCCGGAGAAACAAUUCAGCCCCGAGUUUUGGCUGAAUGUGUUACGCCAUGCGACGUCGCCCCAGGAGAGACGACGUAAGUACGGCUACUAUUACGCUGACUACCAGUUUCCGUGGGUUCUUCGAAGAGACGCGGCAUUUCUUCAUAAAGCUGUGGAGAUCGAUUUCUGUUUCGCCACCAAGGUUGCCAGCACAGAAGUACUUGCGGACCGACGCUUCGUUCUCGCGGUAAUUCGCCAGGUGGCCGAGAAAUUGCAGACGAUCAGGAGUUCAUGCAGCAAAUUGUCUAAAGAGCAGAAAGAGGAUGCCCUGGCGUUGCGGAAGUGGAGCGAACAUCUGGGCAUAUAUACAAACCCCGCAAAGAGCCUUUUGAAGGACGGCGCUCUUUCCAUCGACACACUAUUGUCGCGAACUUCAUGCGCAAACCGGUGCGACUUCGAGAUUGUCUUCGCUGCAGUGCAGCAGAACGGAAAGGCGAUUCGGUACGCUGGCUGGGCUUUGCGGAACGAUCGAAAAAUAAUCAGGGCUGCUUUGCAGCAUGACGGCUUGGCGCUGCAGCACGUCCCGGUCAAGUUGCUUGAGGACGAGGAACUCUGCCUUGUCGCUGUAUCGCAGAACGGCCUGGCGCUGAAACAUUGUCCGAUGAAAAUGCGCAUGGAGUGCCGCGCUGUCGUUCUGGCAGCCGUGAAGCAGAAUCCGGAGGCGAUUUUUUUCGCUCGCGGCGAGAAAUUCCUCGGCGUUGCGGAUGAGGAUAUUUUUCAAGCCGCUUUGAAAAGUACCACCUACGUGCACUACCUCGCUGGCACGUAUUUGGAUGUUGCGGAUGAUCACCCGCUCGUUUCCCGUCGCGCUGAAUUCCUGUACGAAGUUGCCAUCGCCGGCAACGUGGAGGUCCUUAGCGGCUUGAAGUGGCACGAUAAGAACACGCUGCAAAACUUCGACCGUAUGCUGAAGCUCGUGCAGAUCGACGGCACAGCGUUGGCCUACACGCCGCUGCGACACAACUUCAAACUCGCGAUGGCAGCGGUCACGAACACGGGGAAAGCACUGCGCUUCGUCUGUCCGGGCCUGCUUCGAAGCCCGGCACAGGGAAAGCAGCUAAUGCUCGCCGCGUUGCGAGGCGAAAGGGGGCGGAAAGCUGCCGUCAAGGCCAUACCGCGGGAGUUUCUGCAGGACGAGGAAAUUUUUGCGGCGGUGAAAGAAAACAGGCGACUGUACGAGCCGGGAGAAGUAGAGGAUGAAAAGCCAAUUUUUUCUCCCAGCGACUUUGAGGGGAUUACACUGGACGACCUGGAUCUAACGGUUGACGAUGAGGAACAGUCGAAUCAGGAGAACGAAAACGAAAAUGACGCUGAACAAGAUCUUCAAGAAGAAGCGGUAGCUGCGGGGGUGGAUGAGGAUGCAGGGUAGGAGGUCGGGAUGGGACAAGAGCAAGACGACGGGAAUGUGGAACAAUGAACAAAAGGCGGGCAAACGCAAAGAAACCCUAUAUUAAAGAUGGUAGCUGCGAAAAAGCUCCGCCGCGUCCUAGGUGCUUCAAUAAAAGAAACAAAAAGAAUACUUAAGAAUAAACUCUGACUACGUACUAUCUAUCAAUCUCUAUCUCAAUCGGCAGGCAACUAGUACCAUCCCAUUCAUUCUUGAAAAAAAUUAUGCGAAAAAAAGUUAUUCGUUUCGCUUCCGUUUAACGAUGUUACAUGCACGAGCCCCACCGGCGCAGAAAAUUGGUUGUUCAUGUUCUUUCUCUUUGCUCUGAAGCAAGC